AGCUAAUUACUGACGGACACUGUUUCGCUACGGGAAGUUGCAGCAUGAAGAAGGAGCAAGUUGCUCACUGUCAGUUUUCCGUCUGGUAUCCGAUAUUUAAACACCAUACAAUUAAAAGUCUGAUUCUUCCAUUGCCUCAAAAUGUAAUUGAUUAUUUAUUGGACGACGGGACACUGGUAGUCUCUGGGAGUGACCACAUUGCACAACAGACGCAUAUUAACAGUGAUUCGGAUGCUGAGGAAGACAUUCAGUGGUCAGAUGACGAAACAACCACCACAGUCACAGCGCCAGAGUUCCCAGAAUUCACAGCCAAAGUACUGGAGGCGGUAAAUGCUCUGGGUGGUCGUGUUUUUCCCAAACUCAACUGGAGUGCUCCAAGGGACGCCAACUGGAUUGCACUGAACAGCUCACUUCAGUGUCAGAGUCUAAGCGAAAUAUUUCUCCUCUUCAAAAGCUCCGACUUCAUCACCCACGACCUCACGCAGCCAUUCCUUCACUGCAAUGACCAGGAUUCCCCUGAUCCUGUCAUUAAUUAUGAGCUGGUCCUGAGAAAGUGGAGCGAGUUGAUCCCCGGUGGAGAGUUCCGCUGCUUCGUUAAGGAAAAUAAACUGAUUGCCAUCAGCCAAAGAGACUACACUCAGUAUUAUCCGCACAUCUUGAAACAGGAGGAGUCCAUUGUUCACGCCAUCCACCACUUCUUUAGCCAGCACAUUCAGUAUAACUUCUUGGAUGAGGACUUUGUGUUGGAUGUCUACAGAGAUAGCCAGGGGAGGGUGUGGCUUGUUGAUCUAAAUCCAUUCGGCGAGGUCACCGACUCCCUUCUUUUCAGCUGGGCGGAGCUGACGUCCGGCGGCGAAAUCGCCCAGCGGCAGGUUCGCCCCGUAGCGCUUGCAACGCGAUCCCCGUCGCCGCGCAAACUCACCGACGUCUUGUUGCAGGACGGGCCGGCUUUCCGCUACACCACCAGUGAGGUGACGGUGCAGCCCAGCCCCUGCCUGAGCUAUCGAAUCCCACGUGACUUUGUGGACCUGUCCGCCGGCGAGGACGCUUACAAGCUCAUCGACUUCCUCAAGCUGCAGAAAGGCCAACAGGAGGACGAAGAGGAGGACGAGCCUCCGCAGUGACACUCACGUUCCCUGCAUGCAGUGACUCGAAGACCGCACCCCCCCACACCCCCAGCUCGUCGUGUGACCUGAAGCAAUCGUUCGGGGAGUUUCACACGUGACAUAAGGCCGAAUUGUUACGGUUACGGUAGAUCACGUGGCAGGUUCGAUGUCUUGUUUUUCGACUGCACAAAUCCAGCAAAACUGCGCCUGUGCCUUCGAAGUCUUGAGCAAGCGUCUUUAUUUACCACUAAAGCUCUUGAUCGCCCAGUCACUUUUCAUGCUUCUUUGCCGCCGUCCUCCCGUUCGUCCCAGUAGAUUUAGUCCUUGCAGUCCUGACACACUCAUUGCCUCGAUUUUUCACGCCCCCCUUCCCCGCUCGUUUUUUUUUUUUUAAUGUGUGCUGUUUUCCCAUCAUGCAUCUCUGUAGACCGCGGCCCUACGGAACCCCAUUAAACUUCUUGUCAUAUAUCGA